AUGAGAAGGGUCCUGCCACUGUUCGCGCUCAUCGUCGUGCUCCUCUGCGUCGCGAGUCUUGUGGACGUCACGGAGGCGAGGCGCGGAGGAGGCAGGGGUGGACGCAGCAUCGGCGGCGCCGGCGCCGGCGCCGGAGCCAGGGGAAGCCACAGCGGUGGCCCGCGAGGCCUCAGCGGCGGCACCUGGACGGCGUGCGUCGGGUCCUCGCUGCUGGCUGCGGCGGCCAUGCUCUUGUAG